UUACACAGUCGGCACGCUACAUCAUCACUCGCCAGAGCUUGGCUUCAAACGUUUUUUAAAGAGAGAGAUUUAAUCCACAAAUUUUUCCAGUCAGGAACCUGGUUCAGACGGCGACACAAAAACAGGGACUAAUAUGAGGAUUAAGCUAAAAAAAAAAUUAAUACUCAUUAUUAUUUGUCAUGCUUUGGAAUGGAUACAACAAUGGACAUUAUCAGUUGAUGCUCGGGAGGACGGACCUGCAUUGCCGUCAAUAGACACAGCAAUGCGCUCAAACGCGGCGGUGACAAAGACGGCGACGGCAAUGAAGAAGAAGGAAGGGAUGCAAACUCCAGAGACCAAGUUCCAGUUCAACCUCAAUUCCUGUUCCAAGUCCAAAGACUUAACCGCCGCAAUCUCCCUCUACGACGACGCCGUUUCCAACAACACCCGCAUCACCCACCACCACUUCAACACCCUCCUCUACCUCUGUUCCCACGCCGUCGUCGCCGCCGCCGACCCCUUGCUCAAGGACCUCGCCUUAGACUACGGCUUCCGCAUAUUCAACCACAUGUCCGCCCUCGGCAUCACCCCCAACGAGGCCUCCAUUGCCACCGUCGCCAGGCUCGCCGCGGCCAAGGGCGACGCUAGUUACGCCUUCGACCUCGCGAAGAACGUCGGAAAUUACAGCGUCGCCCCGAGGCUGCGGACCUAUGACCCCGCGCUGUUUUGCUUCUGCGAAAGGCUUGAUGCCGAUAUGGCGUACGAGGUGGAGGAGCACAUGAAGGGAGUUGGGGUUGUUUUGGAGGAACCGGAGCUCGCCGCGCUUUUGAAGGUGAGCGCGAAGAGGGGGAGAGGGGAGAAGGUUUAUGAGUACCUGCACAAGCUCAGGAGUGCGGUGAGGUGCGUCGGGGAAUCGACGGCGGUGGUUAUUGAGGAGUGGUUUCGGGGCGGCGAGGCGCGAGGGGUUGGUGAUGCGGCGGGUUUGGAUGGUGGGAGGGUGAGAGAGGGGGUUUUGCGGAAUGGGGGAGGGUGGCAUGGUCUUGGGUGGGUUGGGAAGGGUGAUUGGGUUGUUUGCAGGACGAGUGUUGAUGAUGAUGGUGGAGUUUGUGGCGGCUGCGGCGAGCGAUUGGCUUGUGUGGAUAUUGAUGAUGAGGAGGUGGAGAAGUUUGGCAAGUCUAUUGCUGCCUUGGCUGUGGGACGAGAGGUCAAGGCAAAUUUCAGUGAAUUUCAGGCAUGGCUUGAAAAGCACACCCAUUAUGAAGCUAUUGUGGAUGGUGCCAAUGUUGGGCUCUACCAGUAAAAUUUUGCGGACGGUGGAUUUAGCACUUGUCAGCUUGACGGUGUUGUGAAAGAGCUGUACAGUUGAAGAUGACGACUUUCAAGGUUGCUGGCGGGUAUGAAGAUGGUUCACAAGAUGAACAGCUGCAACCUGUCUCGUGGUUAUUGAUUGAGCUUCUAACACUUGCAAUGAUUUUCAACCAAUUGGAAAGACUCCUGUUUGGGUAUCAUUAGGCAUAACUUACAGUAGGUCAUUAUAGCAACUUUUGAUCCUUGUAAUGGACAUUAUUAUAUGGAAAAAGGCUUUGGUGAUAUUUUAAUACCAGGCCUAUUUCUUAACACCCCUCACCCAAACCCACAAACACAGAUUUUACACUGUUUGAUUCAGUGUUGUAAUUAUAUAGUAAUUGGUUUUUUAUGUGGAGGUCUCAGACAUGGUUGCAAAUAAGUGGUAGCUUUUAGUUUAAUUGCAGCCUCGUUUGUGACUGAUAAAUACACAGCAUUUCCUUUUUUUUUGGAUAAGCCAAUCAAUACAGUACCAAAUAUU